UAUUAUUUCGUACAGGGUUAACCUCAGAUGAAUAGUCAGAGACCCAUCCCUAACAACAGUCACUAUUGUUUUCAUCUUUCGUAUAGAUAGUUUCUGCUAUAUAGAAUAUGAAUUCUGGGAAAUAACAUUAAAACCAAAACAGAAAAUCACACUUAAACAAGCAACUUACAGUUAAUUUCCAAUUAACGCUUUAAGCGGGUAAAUGUAAGAGUUUGUCGCAGGUUUUGUUUCUUCCUCAUAAAGUAAGAUUUCAUCAAGAAACCGUUUGCACUGUAAUUACUGAUUUAUUUGGUUUUUUGUCUUGAUGUUCUUAACUGAUCUGUAAAUUUUACUUCAAAUUAACUUCAGUUUAUUACUAGUAAACCUCACACAACUGAGAUCUAUCUAAAGUAUUUUGUUCGUUAUUACAGAUGAUUGGAAAGAGUUUAAAACAUUAUUUUCGUCGGGAGUCUGUGACUCAGAAACUUGUGAAUGACGCGGAAUCAAUUAACCAUGAUUCUGAAUUCGGAAGCGUGCAAAAGAUUCCCUCUAUUCAAGUCCAAGUAGAAAAUGAAGAUGAGAACAUUCCUAUUCCAACAACUGAUUAUGAAUCAACUGUAGGAAAGAAAGAAGGACAAGACAUAGUUCUCAACGUGAAGGCAAUGGCAAAGAUGUUUUCAGAAAGGAGUAUUCAAAAUUGCCCUCGGCUCCCAAACAUAAUUUGCCAAGAAUCGGCAAUACGGGACACUGGUAAUAUGGAAAUAGCUCAAGCAUCAAAAUGCAGUAAGAGUGUAUCAUCUGACAAUGUUUCGGCUAGUAGGCUUCCAAUCAAUUCCCCCGAGGACAUACAGGUGUCACAAAACCCAGGUACACCGCACAAAGAGCCAGUGAAAGGAGAUUCACAGGAAGUAAACAAGAAGAGAAAGAAACGAAGACCCGCAAAGCGUUCAAAUAAGAAGUACACGGAUUCAGACAGUGAAAGUUGUGGAUCCGAGAAAUUUAACGACGAAUCUGGAAAUUGGACUCUUCAACCAAAUAAAAAAAAGAAAGACAAAUAUAUCAAAAUCAGCAUGGAUGACUUAAAAACACUAUUAUCUGGAGGCAUCGGAACAAAGAACGAGUCAUCUAUGCAAGACAUCGCGAUGAAAAUGCGGCGAAUGCAACCGACAGAGAAUGACGUCACGGAUACAGAAACUCUGAACAGUAGGUUAUCGUAUAGCAGCGGGAAUUCUGAGGAUGCACUUCUUCCCGGACACAACCGCACCUCCUCCAUCCAUUUGGUUAAUCCAAGAAGAGUUGGAAUUCUUAAACGAUUUCUCCCGUUUAUGAGCACAGAAGAAUCGCAAAGUUCUGACUCCACUCAAACAGUAGAUACCCAUCUAUGUGAAAUGUCACCAGCGUCUUGUCCAAACUAUCACAACAUACGACGUAAAAGUCUUCAACCAGAAAUGCUGAGAAAUCAGCAAGACGGCCACUCCUCACUUCACAGUUACACAGGCAACCUUAUGGGUACAGGUAGAAGAAGUCAUUGCCUACACGAGGCAUAUUCUUAUCGACAUCCAGAUAUGAAAUUGAUGAGAUCUCCGCGAUGUGGAGUAACUUUUGAGGAUGAUGUUCGUUAUGAUGAAUUUGACUCAAAUCCUUAUUUUAAUUAUCGCUCAAUGAAUCCACGAAAAUCACCAAUGGCUUCUAUGCUUAGAAUGCCUGCACAACCAGACAAUGUCUGGAACACCCCGAUAAAUAUGCCGAUGAACGGAGAACCACAAAUGAAAAUGGGAUUCUCUCAACCUUCUCAAAUAGUGCAACAGAUCCCUGUUCCUAUGGUGGUCAAUCCGCGACAAGCCAUUAAUCACACCACCAUUCCUGGCGUGCCAGUCACUGUUUCUAAUGUUACAACUAAUCUACCACAAAACCAAGCCACAGAGGACUCUAUUUUACAGCAGCUCCAUGACGCACUCAAUGGGACAUUAAAUUCUAAGCCGACUAACCCAUCUCCGUCUGAAGAUACCAAAGAGACAAAGGAAGAAGAGAAUUCUUUGGAGGCACACUUUAGUCGCAUUCAUGCAAUAAUGGCCGAGAAGAAGAAGCGGGCAGCAGAGAACCAACCCUUUCAGAUAGCCAGAGUCAUGGGACUUGUUGCGAAUGUCUUACUACUGCUUUGUGCAGGUGGAAUUGUUGGAAUCGGUAUUUCAAACAUGAUAAACAAAGACAGCGCCAUCUAUACUGGAGUAACAAAAUCCAGCCAAUCUGACCAGAGUUUCCAGUACUUCUGUUACGUGUUCUGUCUGAUUGGAGGGAUCUUAGUCGGAAUCCUAGUGUGUGGAUUCUGUGGGAGUAUAAAGACCAAACAAGUGUGUUUAAAGUUGUUUAUGAUAGCUGUUGGUGUGAUUCUGCUGAUACAGAUUGGACUCUUGGUUUUUCUUUACCUCAUGAAUUCAACAUCUGUACCGAUGUUUUCUUUAAUAUCAAGUACUGUAAGUUGUGUUCUCCGUUGUUAA